AUGCCGAAAGCGUUCUUGGUGAAGUGCUGGAGAAAGAGGCCCAAAAUCACCAAAGGGAAUUCGUCGCCUGUCAAAAACGGAAAUUUGUCAACCGUGAAGAACGGAAAUUCCUGGCCAUUCAAGAAUGGAAAAGUUUCCCCAUUUUUGAAAUUUGGUGGCGAAGAAAUUUCGCCAAUUCUGAAGCAUUCUGCUGACAAGCUCAUUAGCGGAAAUGAACGUGAAAACGAGAUCUUCUCCGAAAGGAUUUCUUCAAAUACUAACACUGAUACGGUUUCUGAUAAUCGCCUGACACCAUCGUCUUUCGACUGUCCGACAGAUUACCCAAAUUUUGGUCACUUGUCUAGCUUUCCAGAAUCAGCCUUCGAUAUAGUCGACCCCAAGAGAGACCACCUCGCACAUCUUUCGCAAGAAGAUGAUAUCCGUGCAAAAUUUGUCAAGUUUUACGAGGAAUAUCUUUCCUUCAUGGAUUAUCGGAGUUACUCCACCCAGCUAGAAUGCCCAAUUCCCAGUCCCGUGUCUCCUAGAUUUCCCACAGGUGGUGCUGCGCAAGAACAAAAUGGCGGUAUUUCCUCCAAGCCUCUUUCCUACAAAAGCUUUCACGGCACAAUCAAAUGGCCAAAGCCUGAGAAGAAAAAGAACGAUUUUAUUUCGAACAGAAUGGGAGCUUUGGAAUCUGCUGCUAAGGUGGGCAGCAAUGUGUCGACAAAUAACCACUCAGAGAGACUUUUCCCUUGUAAACAAUGCGGGAAAGCUUUCAAACGGUCCUCUACCCUGUCCACCCACCUCCUCAUCCACAGCGACACUAGGCCUUACCCCUGCCAGUACUGCGGAAAGAGGUUUCAUCAGAAGUCAGACAUGAAGAAACACACCUAUAUACACACAGGCGAAAAACCACACAAAUGCGUCGUCUGCGGCAAAGCGUUCAGCCAAUCAUCGAACCUCAUCACACACAGCCGGAAACACACGGGAUUCAAACCGUUCGUCUGUGACGACUGUGGACGAUCGUUUCAACGAAAAGUGGACCUAAGGCGGCACUUAGAAACAAAUCACCUCUGA